GUCAUUAUUUUUUAGUCGGUUUUCUAUUCUGCUAGCCUAGAGACUGAGGAUCAUUCAUAAAUAUCAGCGGGGAUUAAGAAGAUCUAGAACACAAGACAAGAGAAAUGCCUUCUUUAAAGGUGUUUCCUUUAGUGCUCUUAUUUGGUAGCAAGCCAGUGCCUCGUAGGGUAAUGUACCUGGCGAACAUGCUUUUAGCACUACAUAUUUGGUGGCACAUGGGUAGAGAUACUAUGCACUGUCCAAAUGAAGUCAGCCAAAUGGACUCAAGGGAAAAGUGUAGCUACGUGAAACCAGACUUCUCUUCAGAUCGACCGAUAGUUGGCUGUACGACCACUGGUCGACUUAUCUAUAAAGACGUCACGAGGCUGAUGGGAACAGGAUUGAAGWGGAAAGUAUUCCUGACAAUAGGAAUUCCAACCAUUGAACGAGUCUACAAGAACGUYACCGCAUCCUACUURGAAAAAACUCUGGAUWUYAUAUUGKCGSGAUUAWCGCYURAUGAAAUGAAACAAGUUCAUAUCRUUAUAUUCCUUGCUGAUCUAAAGAAACAAGCAAGAGAUAAUGUAAARAAACAACUGGCCAGWAAAUAUCAACAGCUAAUUGACAUUAAUUUUAUCAACGUGAUCGAAGCACCAAGGACGUUUUAUCCCAAACUGAAGGGAUUGGUCAGAACUUUUGGUGACUCACAAGAAAGAAUGUACUGGCGUUCAAAGCAAAAUCUGGAUUAUGCUUUCUUGUUCAAUUACUGUGAUGGCCUUUCUGAAUAUUACCUUCAAAUAGAAGACGACGUCAMARYCWMGGAAAACUUCCUCUCUACUAUCAAACAAUGCAUUGAGCAAGAUAGAAAUUCCAGUUUAGCUUUUAUAGAGACUAGUGUAUGGGGUUUCAUUGGAAAACUGUUUAGGAAUGAAGAGCUAGAUUAUUUUGCACGAGUGCUAAGAAUAUUUUAUAACGAUAUGCCGUGUGAUUGGCUGCUUCGGACAUAUGUAAAGAUCCGAAGUGACGAAUCAUCGAUAUCUGACCGUUCGUGUGGAAACUUAUUUUCUCACCUUGGAAAGCAGUCAUCUUCUUUAGGAACAUAGGAAGAAAAUGUAAAUUAUUUGUCUAUUAUAUUAUUUACAAUAUAUUGUGCUGAUGUUUAAUUUCCAGUAUAUCAUGAGUAGUACAUUAUUUGUAGUCUUAGAUCAAGCAUUUUUUAUUCAUAUUUAUUCAAUUUCUCUCAUAUUGUCGUAUAUAGUCUUUAAGACAUAUUUGUUGCAUUUCCUUCUCUGUCAUCAUGGGCUGUACUUGUAAAGCUUUCCUAUCAACCAUUAGUCGUACAAUAAAUAAUGGAAGGUGUAA